AAGAGGAGCAAAAGACUCAAAAACUCUUGAAUCCCCUCUGAGGGGUUGCGAUGUCACACAAAUAAAGAAGUGAAGAGAAGGCAUUUCUCCCCAAUACCAGCACUGUCGGCAUUGAAUAAUUGUACAAUGAGAGGCGGCACCGGAGGGGCACUACUUUAGCGCUGCAGGAUAAAGUCCAGGCUCACGGUGCUAGGUAAAGUCAUUGUAUCCAACUACCCAGACUAUGAGCCCCGCUGGGUUUUCCAAAACACCAAACCCACCACCUGGCCAGUUUUACAUACCAAAAGUACGGACGGCGGCCGAGAAGUAAUAAAUGGUGGGUAAACAUAUGAAUAAGCGCCCAGGCGGUAACACACUGUACGGCCAAAGGGUCCUCUGCAGUGACAGUGAAACAAUUCGCUCAGUGAGGUGCAGAUUUGUCUCAGGCCGGACUGAAAGCUUGCGCCAGAGCAUAUAAGCGUCACGGAAUACAUGUGUCGGCCCCACUAAUCAGUUCGAGCAGGUAACCCUGCGCAGGGACACAAAAGUGAGAGAAUAUUCACAGAGCUGAAUUCUCCUACUGCCUCUCACACUGUCUCAGCUGAAAUCCAGCCUUCACUGCUUUAUCUGCCCCUUUACUAUUAUAACACAAGAGGGAAGUGGGACUUUCGUUAUAUGAUUAUCACGUGACCCAAUCUUUACCUUCCCCUCCCCAAAGAUUGCCUUCCGGAAACCCCUACUUCUGCCUUCAGAGCUUGGCCCUUCCUCUUUCCCCCAGCCUACACCGCCAUUCUACUCACGCAAAUCCACCUCCCCUCCCUUUCUACCCAACGGCUCCUCCUCUUCCCAAGGCCCAGUCCCCCUCCGCCAUGUUAGCUUCCUCCGGUUCCGGCCUACAGGUCUGGCUGAUUCCCGGUUCCCCCGAAAGGUUCCGGGCCCAGCUGCCCCUUGGGGCGCUGUCGUGUGAUCGAUGAACCGUUUGAGGCAGGGUGAGUAUGUGUGGCUUGGGUAAGGCGACCCCUCAUGGCGGAGUAUGGACUUUAACAAAGCUGUUAACAUGGGGAGGGGGUGUAUGGAGCCAAUACAGGUGUCAGGGGCCAUAUCAUACAAUUAUAGAGAUUAUAUACAGUGUUCAUAGUGCUACUGUCAGUCAUGGGGGACAUGAAGACUCCAGACUUUGAUGAUCUUCUGGCUGCUUUUGAUAUUCCAGAUGCCACAAGCCUUGAUGCAAAGGAAGCAAUUCAGUCUACAAGUGACGAAGCAGAAAACCAUCUUAAACCAGCAGGAAUGUGCAUGGAUGAAAAUUUAUCCUUGGCUCAGUCAAUGCAAACUUCCGAUGUCCCAGCUGUUAGUGUGAUUGUUAAAAACACGAGCCGUCAGGAGUCUUUUGAGGCAUCUGAAAAAGAAGGGAACCACAUUGGACCAACUCUACUUCAAAAUGGCUUUCGCAGCCCAGAGGUUGGAGCAGAGUCCAACAACUUGGGACAAGGGUAUGGGAAAUUUGAAGCCAGUUUUAUCAAUGGGGAUAGUUGUAGAGGCUACACAGAAAAGCUUGAGACACACAAAUCAGAGCCUUUACCUACGUUUUCACAGUUUAGCCCCAUUUCCAGCCCUGAACCAGAGGACUCAUGUAAAGAUAAUGGAAUCCCCAGUAAGCAAAAGCAAGCAGAGUCUCCAUAUUUCCCACAGCCAUCCAUGUAUGUUCCUGCUGAGGGCUGUAUGGAUGUAGAUUUUUUGAGAAAGCCAACAGAAACAGAACUUAGUAUGUUUGAUGAAUACUGCAAAAAAGAGCAAAGGACAGACUGCAAGGAAGCAGAGAAAGGAAAAACUGAGGAACAAACAAAGGAAGAUAAGGUUGACAGCUUUAUUGGAGGGUCCCUUCCAUUCACAGAUACUGAGAACAAUAGUGUUAAAGAGGAGAGAGGUUUUUCAGAAGCAAUGGAUUCCUCUGCUAUACCUCCUCGCCAACGUAUUAAACCUGCUCAUUCAAAACUGUCAUCCUGUGUGGCUGCUCUUGUAGCACUGCAGGCAAAGAAAGUUGCUGUAGUUACUACUGAUGUCUCUAACAUCACUAAAGAUACAGGAGCCCCACUGAAAGAUGGUGUUAAGGGAAGUCCCAAAAUGCCAAAGUCACCCAAGAGUCCCAAAAGUCCUCUGGAGGGGGUUAAGAAGAUCACCAAACCCCCAGACAGUCCUAUGAGUGUCUGUAGUGAUACAAGUAGCAGGGGCUCUCCAUCAGUUGGUGCAGGCUCCCCGCCUGCUAUCCCUAAAGUAAGGAUAAAGACAAUAAAGAUGUUGUCUGGAGAGAUAAAAAGAACUGUGACCAGAAUCUUGCCAGAUGUUGAAUCAGAUGAUAUUGUAAAGUCUACAGAGAACCUUUUGGCUCAAAGCUCAUCACAUAAUGAUACCAAUCAGGCUGAUCCACUUGAAAGUGAACCAGAAAAAGCAAAGAACACUGGCAAGAGCACCCUCCAUGGAUCUAGUAUUGUAAAUCCCCAGUUAGCUAAUGCCAAUGGUGAAAAAAAGAAAGGAAAGGAAAGUUUUCAAAAUCCUGGCAGUGGUUCAGUAAAGCUAUCUAAUCCAGCACUGUGCAAGAAACCAUCACAAUCUUCUAAGACAACAUCCAACCCAACCACAUUGCUCCCUAAAGCAGUGCAUCUUGCUAAUCUUAAUUUAGUCCCUAAUAGUGUUACUUCUUGUGUAGCCACAAAGGCUCCAGUCUUAAAAUCAACCCAGGGGCAAACCACACCUAUGACUGUGCCUUUGGUGCACAAAGUAAAAGUAGCUGCUCCUGUCAUUGUGGAGGCGUUCAAUAAACUUCUACACAGCACCAACCCAGUUCCUACCUAUACACCCAAUCUUAACCCACCUCCUAAUUCCAAUAUCUAUCUCCCAGCUUCUGGCUACAAUUGUCUGGAGUGUGGUGACUCAUUUGCCCUGGAAAAGAGUCUUGCACAACACCAGGGCAGACGGAGCAUUCAUAUUGAGGUGAUGUGUACCCAGUGCUCAAAAAUGGUUCAGUUCUACAAUAAAUGUAGCUUGCUGAGCCAUGCCAGAGAACACAAGAGCAAGGGGCUAAUCAUGCAGUGCUCCCAAGUCAUGAUGAAGCCAGUCUCCUCAGAUCAGAUGUUGUCUGCUCCAUCUCUUCUUACCCCAGCACUUACCUCUCAACCUUCCGCCUCAAAACAGCGGACAUUAUCUCAAGGGGCUUCACUGGGAGUGUGGUCUGGGGCCUCUUCCUGUGCUCCACCUGCUAUGCCUCUUUUUGCAGACCCAUAUGGACUAAUACGCCAUGGAUUCAAGUGUCUAGAGUGCUCAAAACAAGUAGAGGAUUAUACUAGUUUAGCAGGACAUUAUCAGAGAGUAGCUGAGGAAAAAGAUGGACUGACUUGCCAGGUAUGCCAGAUGAUGCUCCCUAAUAAGUGCAGUUAUGGCGCACACCAACGCAUUCACACACACAAAUCUCCAUACUGUUGCCCAGAGUGUGGCGUGCUCUGUAGAUCUGCCUAUUUCCAGACUCAUGUAAAGGAAAACUGUCUGCACUACACACGCAAGGUGGCAUUUCGGUGCAUACACUGUGGUGUGGUGUUUAUGUCUCUGGGAAUGCUAAAAGCUCAUAUCCAGGAGAAGCACUGUGAAGUGUUCCACAAGUGCUCAUUCUGCCCCAUGGCUUUCAAGAAUGCAGAAAGUACAGCUGCGCAUAUCACAGCCCAGCAUCCGACUGCAAACCACAAGAACUCACAAAUUAUCUAUAAGUGCUCCUGUGAGACAGUCUUCAAUAAGAAGAGACUCCUUCACCAACAUUUCUACCAGAACACAAACACGCUACUUGUGAGCGUUUUCAAGUGCCCUGAGUGCCAGCUUGCAUACAUGCAAAAACAGCUACUAGUGCAGCAUCUCAAGGCUGUGCAUGGCCUUCCUAAAGCUCCUGAGGAACCAUCAGGCUCUAUGAAAAAGACCGACUCUGCAGUAAAGAAAAGUGAGGACAAAUCAGCAAAGCCUCAAGCCAAGAGUGACUUGCCUCCUCCAGCAGCCAAGAAAGAGUCUGAGGCCUCAGAAUCACAAAACAAAAUGAAACUGGCGGGUUGGACCUGUGGAGAAUGUUCAGAGUGGAUCUUGGAUAGAGAGACUUAUGUGUUCCAUAUGAAGAAAAGUCAUGGAAAAUGUAUGAAGAGGUACCCAUGCAGACUGUGUGAACGAUCCUUUAAUUCUUCUGCCAGCUUAAAAAGACACAUGCGAAAUAACCAUGAUACAAAAAAAGAUUACACAUGCUGCUACUGCACAGAUAAGCCAGUAUUUGCCAAGCCAUCCAUGUUGGCCAAUCACAUAAUUCUAAUGCAUGGUAUCAAAAACCCUGAACUUCCCCAGCUUCCCACAAAUUCCCUAUCAAUUGGAGAGACACCAGCCCAGAGUGGGGAACGUGAAAAGGCAUCUCGCCCCAAGAGAACAGCUAAAGAGGCACUAAAAGAAGAAAAUGAUACUUUGAAUCCUGAAGGAAAAAAACUGAGAGCUCUGUAUAAGUGUGCAAAAUGUGGUUUCACUGCAGAUAGCAGCACAGAAUUUCUGAGACAUAUACCCCAACACAAAACUGACAACUCUACAUGCCAGUGUGUGCACUGUGGCUUAUGUUAUACUUCUCAGAUAUCCCUCAACAGGCACCUCUUCAUUGUGCACAAGGUAAAAGAUGAAGAGGAAGAGCAGAGUCGUGUAAAACCAGAACCAAAGCCUCCGUCAGGCAAGGAGGCUCAGAGUGUAAAGCAGGAACUCAAAGAAUCAUGGGAAUGUUCCCAGUGCAAUGUAACAUUUGAACUUGAGAGUGUGUAUUCUGCCCAUCUCCGAACUCAUGGCGAAAUUUCCUCUAACAAACAGAAGCAGGAUUCUGAGUAGCUUCAGACUUGUACUGGUAUAACAAAAUCACCAUUUGGAAACCAAGAGAAAAAAAAUGUUUAAAACUUUUUAAAAAGAGAAUAUAAAACUAUUUUUACAGAAAACCCCGGAGGUUUGUUGAUUUAAAUUAAAGUGAAAAAAGGAAAAAAAAAUGAAGGUACUGUGUUUGUAUAUACAGACCAUAAUACACUUUUUACAGAAGCAUAACUGAAUAUUACCCAGACGCUUACACAGCCAUCCAAUUUAAAUUAAUCUUCAAAGAUUUAAAAAAAGAAAUGCUUUUUAAUUCCAGCUCUGUACAAAUUCAAUGUUCUUGGUAUUCUCCUUGUACACACAGCCAAUAUUAUCCUUUACUGUCACAGGAGUUUGUAACAGUGAUAUAGAGGAUUUUCCAGUGCUUAAUAAGCACAGCCAGGUUUUGCAGGUCAGUGAUGCAGUUUUGAUUUAUCUCCUACACAACAAUAUGUAUUUUAUUUCAGUAUUAACAUUUAUAAAAGCCUUUAAUGAUUUUCAACUGUGGCCAAAAUCAGCCAGCCAUUUGCUAAUACAGAUGCAUGGGAGAUCCAGUUACCAACUGCUGGAGAGCAUUGUAUGUACCCAUUUAAAAGCCAGUUGAGAUUACAUUGACUGUCUAUGCGGACUCUUCCUUUACACAUAGUAAGCAUGCAUUUCCAUAUUUUAUGUUUAAAGGCUCAAAAAAGCAAACAUAAUUAUCCUUUGUCAUAUGUCUCUACUAAAUUAAAGAACUGUCAAGAAAUAGAAAACCCUGCAUUCAAAUGUGUUAAAACACAAAACAGUCUAAAAUUCUUUCGUUCUAUGGUAUUUGCACACAUGAUUUUUCACCUGCAGGAAAUCUGCUCGAUGGUAGGUGACAAAUUUGCUGAAAAUGUAUUUCCCUUCACAAGCAUACAGAUCACCCCAUGUAACACACAUUACAUGGAGCGUUCUGGCUUAAUUAUCUUUUUACAUAAAAAAAGCCUGAUUGCACGUGCAAUGUUUUUUACAUGGAGCAAACCGAAUGUUUGUGAAUGGAUAGCCAUUUUUGAUAUAUUUUGUGCUCAUGCUUACAUAGAUUUCACUUGGGUGACAAAUCUUGUUUGUCAUUGCUUUUUAAUAACAGUAUUUUGUUUUGUAUUGCUUUUUCAACCUUCUGCAUACCUUUUUACUAGGUUUACCCGCAGCUGAGUUAAAAACCGAGCAUAAAGUUGUUUCAUUGGUCUGUUCCCCGACAAAUAUGUUCAGUAAGCAUCUAGUAAGCUUGUUCCUUAUGGAGGCCAGUAAAAUAUAGAGAAAAAAAGUGAGGUCCAGACUUGGUGAUCGUUAAAUCUGACAGCAUUUAUGACAUUUUAAUAUCUAACUAAAGUUACAUACUUUUAGGUGAUUUUGAAAGAAGCAGGCAGCAUGGCCUCACUUCACAAUCCUUUAUUGUUCUCAAGGCUGGUAGCAGCGUAGUCAGGCAGUGUUUAUUUUUAAACAAUCAACACACUUUUUCACUUGAUCAGUUAAAUGUUCACAAAGGUUCAUAUAUGCUGCCUAACCACAUUACUCACAGCUAGGCCUUCUAUAACCACUAAGGAGGUGCAGUUCCUCCGUUUAACACUGAGAAUAUGAUUGGUUAUUGCAACCUGCUGCUUUUAGAAGCAAAUCUAUUUUAUUGCAACGUGCUGCUCACUCUACUAAGGUGACACUGCAGCCAGGCUACAGCAUAAAAUACUUACACAAGAUUAUUUUAGCUGACGCCAGUUAAAGUAUUUGGUAAAACAUAUACCCUGACUGGGAGUCAUUGAACAUAAAUGCGAGCUAGGGAGUUAAGUUACGUCGCUGACACCAACCUUGUGAUUUUUUUUAAUUUAGGCAGUGUUGAUAGAUGGAGCAACAUCUCUGCCACUUGCUAGGUCAAAACGAGCAAAAGAAAAUUGCGUGUGUGAUCCCUCAGCCACCUCACUUUCUGUGUAUUCACUGACACCACUUUUCUAUUGGGCUUGUGGGGGCCAGGACAGUUUUUAUUUAAAUUUGAUUUGGGAUUUGGGUUUUCCUUUUUUAUUUAUUCAUAACAUGCUCUUUAACUGGAUUAGUAGCUUCCUUUUCUUUUUCAUUAGGCAUUCUGUGUCCUCCCAUAGGAGUCCGUUCCUUUCUAAUUGAACAGAAUGGUGUAAUCAAAAAGUGGCAUAGGAAGUGUGCCAAAAAGCAAAUCCGAUUAAGAAGCUGCAAAUCCAAUAAAGGAGCAUUUACUGCUGUUUUUUAAGUAACCGUUUAUAAAUAACAAACAUGCAAGCUUUUUUUAUCCUGUAAAAAACUCAAUUGUAAAGCCAUAUGUGUUCACUUGCUGCGCUGCUCCAGGAGAGGGCAUAAUAAACUCAGUAUUUGUCCUAAGGGGAGUGUGCCAUGACAACCAAACCUAAAAGUGUGAGUACAUCUGUCCCCACUGAUCUGCUGUGUUUCCUAGUAGCAUUGUGCUGCAUGUGGUUUAGCCUGGGACAUUUUUCUCCCACAUCUUGCGCUCUGUAGCAAGGGAUUGGAAUAAAUUCUCUGGCCAACCACCAGGUAACAUGUUUAGCUGUUACACCACUAUUUGUACCAUUUUUGGCAUAGAUAAUGUUUGCCAAUUAUUAUUCUCUCUAGCAGUUGCUUAAUAUUGGCAACAUUUCUAAAUAGCCUGUGUUGCUUUGUUACACUUGCACCUUGUUUAAUAUUCCCCUUGACAUACAUUUCCAAAUAUAAUAUAUAAAUAUAUAUAUAUAUAUAUAUAUAUAUAUAUAUAUAUAUUUUCCCAGUGAGACUUCAGAUAUCCUUGCUGUACAUAUACAGUUUGAUUCCAGGACCUAAUGGAUACAUAUUUUGUAACUGUAACCAGGCUUCAUUAUAAUUACUCAUGCAUACAAGAAUGUAAAACAUACAUACUCUGAUUACAUUAUUCUGCUUCCUUUAGCAGAGCAAAUGGCUCUGUCAUUCCUUUCCUGGCCUCCAUUGCAUACCCUGUUUCAUGUGAAUUCCAUAUUCCCUUCAUCUGACAUUUAUUGAAGCUUGUGAGAUAGAAAUUGACUGUUAUUUUGUUAUUGCCAAGACCAUUAGAAGCCCUUAACACCUUUUACAAUAAUACUGUAAAUGAAUCAUCAAGUUGUUUUGGUGCAAGCAAGAACCAUUCUCUGUGUACAUGAUGAGGCAGUUUUUUUCUUUGAGUUUUUAAAUUAGAUUUUCUUCUAAAUUCAAUGGGGGGGGGGUUGUUUAUUAAAAAAAAUUGAAUAUCUAACACUUGGACUAAUUUUACCAACAGACAUCUCCAAAUUGGUCACUGGACUUCUCCCAUUGACUUGAACAUGAAUUUGUCAGGUUUUAGGUGAUGAAUAGUCUUAAUCAAUUCUAAAAGGGCAGAGUAUGAUAAAUCUUGAAAAUCGAAUUCAGUUUUGAACAUAAUUUUUUUGUUGAAAAUUCGAGUUUUCAAUUUGACCAUUAUUAAAUCUGUCCCUAUGUGUAAAUCACAAAGUGACAUAAGUGGAAUGUCCUUCCAGUAUAUAUCUGACUGCUUUUAUCCUCUCCACUGCUGAUUCUGACUUAAAUAAAUAAAUGUAGCAAGGACUGAGAGAACUGACUGCUACAUUGAGAAGAGCCAGCAGGAGUGAGUGCAGAGAAGAAAAAGAGACACAUACAUGGUCUUGAUUGCAGUAAGAGUAACAUAUUUUUCAUAUAACUCUGAGGUGGGGAGGGGGCCCAGAAAGGAUAAACAGAAGUGGGUAGUCAGGUUGUACAUGUGGGAUGGGGAUAUAGUAACAUUAAGUUAUGCUUCUGUGUUUUUAACUAUUAACAUUGAAUGUGUGUGUGGAGGGCAUUUAAGUGUGUAAUGGUAAAAUCAGAGGCUGUGGAACUUGGUUUUAUACAGUAUUAUGGCUCUCCUUUCUGCUCCCUCUUCUAUAAAUUGCGGUUACUUUUCCAACUUUUUCCUUCACAUAGCUUUCCAAUUUAUUAUAUAUAAUGGUACCACCAAGGCUUCCAUUAGUAUUAUGUAAAGGAAUACAUCUGGCAAUGCAUGAGACUGUUUUGCGAUAAUAGAUCCAUUGAUGUACAACUAAUUAGGUAGUUUCUACCUCAUACCUUUAACCUUCCAAAUUCCUUAAGCUUUCUGUUAACACACACAACAAAGACUAGAGAAUAAAAAAAAAAAAGAGAGAAAAUGUAUGUAUAAUGUUACUUUUAUAGACGGUAAGAAAAUGGAGGUGCAAGUAUGAAGGUGCAUGCAUGCAAGACUGGCUUGAGCACAAAAUGCAGGGUUUGUAUUUCUGGAGACUAUUGCUAUUAUGCUUUGUUUCCUAAUAUUAAGAUGCAUAAUUUAAUUGUCACAAUCUGUCAAACAUAUAUCAAAAAUAUCGGCUACUAUGUUGUGGUUUUUUGACAAAAACUUAUUGUAAGAGGUCCCAUUUUACAAUGUCUUGCAUCCUCUAUUUGCACUUAAGAGGGGAAUGGAGAAAAAAGUGUUGUUCUGGAUACAGUAAUGUCAAUCUCCUCCCAUUUUGCAAUUUUAUAAAUUACUCACUGGAGAUUGUUUUAUUUAAAUGUAGUCAUAUUGACUAUGUAUCGCUAUAUACAUAUAAAUAUAUAUAAUAUAAAUAUACAAGAAAUAUAUAUACGUUCACAUCAGUUUUGUUAAAGGUGCUGUGCCACUUGCUAUCUCUACUUUGCAAUAUAUAUCUUUUCCCCAUGCUUCUAUGUGUUCUGUUUUCCCAUUUGUUUCAGUGUGUUAAGAUAUAUUAUAUUUUUGAAAAUUGUAUAUAUAUAUAUAUAUAUAUAUAUAUGAUAUAUUUUAUUUAUAUAUAUAUAUAUAUAUAUAUAUAUAUAUAUAUAUACCUGUAUGUAUAGAUAUUCUCACACAUGCAUACAUUUUCACAAAUAUAAAUACUUGAGGUUUAUGCACACACUGAAGGCUGUGAAGUUCUUUAAGUGUAUUUUUCCUGUUGGUAAGACAUACUUAAUUGUAUCUUAUUUGUUUUAAUGUUAUUUCAUGAUCAAAGAAGGCUGGAUAAUUACAAGUUGAUGUUUGUGAACCCAUAGCCACAUAAAGGACAGAAAAGACUCAAAAAGGAAACUGUACCCUCUUUUUUACAUGAGUAUUGAGUUGGGAUUAAAUAAAAAUGAACUUCCAGAAAUAAAUAUAAAUGUAUUUGCAUGUAUAUUUUAGCUCAUUCCAAAGAUUAAAUCAUACAGACCAUUUCCCAAUCCCUGUAGGCUGAAAGAGCCAUUCAACCCCUCCAUUACCUUGUUCAAGUGAUGAGUUCUGGGAUUUUAAACUUUGCAUAGUGGGUGUUGCACAGAUUCUCUGGAAAGCAGAGGUAUUUUAAGUCCCAGAAUCCAUAGUUUCCAAAUGGGAAAAAGGUGAGCGAGGGAUUGCAUGACUCUAUGGGGGUCAUUUAUAAACAGUGGGCACAUUUGCACCUGGGCAGUAACCCAUGGCAACAAAUUAGACCAUUGCUUUCAAGUUUCCAACUGACUGAUAAAAAGAUCCAAAAAAAAGAACCAAUCACUGAUUGGUUGCUAUGGGUCACUGCCCAGGUGCUACUUUCCAUUGCUUUCCAUUAUAAUUAUUACUGGAAGUUCAGAUGGUGUUUAUGCACCUCUUCUACAUAAGUUCAUCGGCACUUGGAAGAAACCUAGAAAACAGUGUUGGGCCACACUAGGGUGGAACGAUAUCAGCAAAUGGAGCAAAGAAUUAUUCUGUAUCCAUUACCAAACGAGGUUGGCAAUGUAGGGUAUAUAGUGAGUAUAGAGUGUAUUUUCACUGUAGCCGUUUGGUGACAAGUAUAAAUGGACAAUAGGCCAACCAUUUUUAUAAAGCUAGUGCUUCUUUCCACAUUCUACCAAGCUUGGCCAUCAUCUGCGUCGAUUAAUAAUGAUGCAUUCAAUAAAGCUUUGAGUUUAAAAGUGCUUUCCUCUUUUUCUCAUGUACUCACUAUACAAUUCUUUUAAACUACCUUUAUUUUACUCUUAAAAUGUUUUGUUAAACCUCGUACUCUGUAUUGGAUAAUGAAAGAUUUUAGUUGACCUUUAAAUCCAGGGUGGCUUUUAAAAGUUUGAAGACUUCACUGGCAAUGAAACCGUUUAAUCAAAUAAACCAACUUAAAUAUGUUGUGUGGUUGCAUGUUCUCUUUUAGUGUAACCCAAACAUGCUGCUAGGUGGCACUGCACCUUUAUAUGUUUAACCUGAAAUAUGAUUCAGUGUUUGUGCUGAGCCAGGAUUUCUUCUGUCGCUUAAUUGCUCCAUAAUGGGUAUAUAAUUUAAUAAAAGAGAAAUUGCUAUUUAUCUUGUCACAUUUAAAUAUUAGAAAAUGUAUUAUCAGCCCGUUUUGUUUUGAUACAAGCAAAUUAGAUUUGUUUCCCCUUUUAUAACAAUGUCCAGUGUAAUUUAGAAGAAUGUACAGAGUAGACUGUCUUUGUAGGUUUUAUGUUAUGGAAAGUCUUUUCCUCACAUUUAACUGCUGAGGAAUGUAUGUAUGUUUACUUCCAGAUAUUUCAAAUAAAAGUUUUAAAUAUG